GCGCGAGCGGCGGUCCCCGGAGCCCCGGCCGCGCGGGACCAGGUGGCGGGCACCCUGCUGAGUGUGGACCGCUCCAGGUCGCCAGGUGUGGAGGGACCCCAGGACCGAGACCUUCUCCCACGGUUCCGUAUGGGCGGCCCGCCGUGAGGGGAGGAGCCGGCUGAAUGCACGUAGGAGCGCCAGGACCCCAGGACGUGGCCAGAAGACCGUUCCUUUCCUCCCCUCAGGACUUCCCGGAGACUGUUCUGCCAUGACCACAGCGCGCUUCCGGCCGACGUGGGACCUGGCCCUCGACCCGCUGGUGUCGUGCAAGCUCUGUCUCGGGGAGUACCCGGUGGAGCAGAUGACCACCAUCGCCCAGUGCCAGUGCAUCUUCUGUACUCUGUGCCUAAAACAGUAUGUCGAGCUCUUGAUCAAAGAAGGACUGGAAACUGCGAUUAGCUGCCCCGAUGCCGCCUGCCCGAAGCAAGGUCACCUGCAGGAGGAAGAGAUCGAGUGCAUGGUGGCGGCGGAAAUUAUGCAAAGAUAUAAGAAGCUACAAUUUGAAAGAGAGGUGCUGCUGGACCCCUGCCGGACGUGGUGCCCCGCCUCCACCUGCCAGGCCGUGUGCCAGCUGCAGCACGCGGCGCCCCAGACGCCCCAGCUGGUGCGCUGCGCGGCCUGCGAUACGGAAUUCUGCUCCGCCUGCAAAGCCAGCUGGCAUCCUGGCCAGGGCUGCCCGGAGAGCAUGCCCAUCACCUUCCUUCCCGGAGAAACCAGCUCUGCUUUCAGACUGGAGGAGGACGACGCGCCCAUCAAGCGGUGCCCCAAGUGCAAGGUGUACAUCGAGCGGGACGAAGGGUGCGCACAGAUGAUGUGUAAGAACUGCAAGCACGCCUUCUGCUGGUACUGCCUCGAGUCUCUGGACGAUGACUUCCUCCUCAUCCACUACGAUAAAGGACCUUGCCGGAACAAGCUGGGCCAUUCCAGAGCAUCUGUGAUCUGGCACCGGACACAGGUCGUGGGCAUUUUUGCUGGAUUUGGGCUCCUGCUAUUGGUGGCCUCGCCUUUCCUGCUCUUGGCCACUCCAUUUGUACUUUGCUGCAAGUGCAAGUGCAGUAAAGGUGACGAUGACCCAUUGCCCACCUAGAGGAAGGCGCGAUGCCGGAACGAGACCCCUGCCUCCGGGAAGCGUGGAUCACCCCCACCCCACCCCACCGUCCCCCCUCACUAAACAUCUUUCUUGCCUUAUGUGCCCCAUUGAGCUUCACAGUGUCACGCUGGAUGCCGUGAUUUCAGGGACUGAUAUCAGAGCGCUUGCCGAGGCCCCGGGUGCAGUCACCCGGGCGUGGGGAAGGCAGGCUGGCGUGGGUAGGGUGCAUCCCCACACAAUCGAUCUCUGCCAACUUGAUGAGGGAGGCGCUGUACAGAGCACCCCGGGCAGUUUUCUCCCAGUGGCGAUAGACUAGGAGUGUCUGGUGGCUGCUUGAGAGACGUUCUCGUGCAAAAUGCUGACCGUCUCCUCCUCGGCGUCCUGAUGCUGCCAUGUUUUUGAGAGAAGGAGUCUUUUAAGGAUUACAACUCACUUCAGGCAGAAUCCAACAAUUCUGACUUGAGAAAAGCACUCUGUUUAUGACAACUGUUUUUAUUACUAAUGGCAUUUAGUAAAAUCCUUUUUAGAAGGUGUCUUUCUGUUUUUCCAACCGAGUAGUGAAAAAUCAACAAGGUGCAUCCAAACCAUCCUAUGCCUUUCUUGAAAUGUGCAUUUUAAGAAGUUAUUGUUAAAUGACUUUUCUGGCUCGGCCACUCUUCAGGAGAUUUAGAAAGCCUUAUGCGCUCUUUGUCUUUUUCUCGGAACUCGUGACGACGUUGUGAACGCCGUCAGCGGUGUGCUGUCACAGGCGCUUCCUAUGCUGUUGCAUUUCUCUGACGAUGCUGACGUGUUUAGAGGAGUGUCUUUAUCUCUCUAGAUGUUUCUUUUGUGUUUUUCUCUCUUUGGUGAUUCAGCUCAGCUCCUGGGGCUUAGGUCUUCUCAUCCAGGUACGAGCAAAUAUUUCGUAAUGUCUUUGGAAACCAAAUGUUUCACUCGGGAAUGGCCCUGCUGAUUGACAUGAAAUCCACAUGUUUUGGCUACUCACCCCAGCCUCCUGGUGCAGACGGCAAGGAGAGUGAAGUGCUAUCGGGGCUUCCCGGCAGGACCGGAGGACCCCCUGGGACCCGGGGGAGAAGCCUCCUGAUUCUCAGUUGUUUAAAUGACUUAAGUUAUUUUGGAGAAAUUCUGUUCUCUUACACAGCUCUGAGUCCCAUUGCUAACUGUUUUGCCCCGCUGAAAACACCUUCCAUGUCACUUAAUUAUUGCGAUUAGGGGUUUUACCACUCGGUCUGUCCUAGGCUUUGUGUGACUGUUACCGCGGUAGCAGAAUGCACGGAUGAAUGACACACACAUCGCUCCAUCCGUUGACUUUAAAAAGUGGAGAACGCGUAUUCUUUACAGAGAGUCGGCUCUGAUACAGCCUAAAAAGCCACCUGGGCUUUUAAGGAGCAAACUGAUUGCGUUGAACUCGGGGGCUUCUGAAAUGACAGAAAGGCAAAUGUUGUCGAGUUACUAUAGCGGAACUUUUUAAACAUUCCACAAAGGAGUGAAAUGGAAGCAAAAUCUGACUUGUUUGCUUGUCGUGAGCACAUUUGUAACAUGUGGUGGGUCUUUUGUAUGUUCGACUUCUACCUUUCUGUGUUGGCCUCGGGUCCUGCUUUCCUUCCCUGUGCAGAAAGUUCUUUAUUUCUUAACGUUUGAUACAUUAGAAGGAACAGCAUCACGUCACUUUUCACCUGUAGUGAAAUUUAUUAUCUUUAAGAAACUGAAGCCAUUAGGAGACUAGCCCAUGUCAAAGUCACAUUCAGAAUAGUCUCCUUAUGACCACAGGUGAAUUCUGAUUCAGUAAUGAACUAAGAACGUGCCUGAGGCCGUCUUUUCGAUGGAGCCUGGGCAGGGAAUCUUUAGCUGGAAUUGUUGCGACAGAGUCCUGUGGGAGGUGGCUUCCUGGAGAGGUGACGCUCCGUGAGUCCUGAGGCCCGAGUCGGUGGCCCAGGCUGGGAUCAGUGAACACACUGGCCUAGUGGCACCCUUUAGGAUGCCUGUCAAAGGCGUCAGGCUCGUGGCUCUGUUUCCAUGGUGACCCAGGAAGGGCAGACCUCAGCCCAUCCCGGCCCCGUUGCACACGGCCACAAGUCCACAUGGUAGUUCCCUUCUCCUCGAGGUGGAACCGGAGCCUUUGGGAAGGAUGCAUUCCCGGGGCUGGAGCUCAGGUCUCUGUUCUUAGCGGGUUGGGCUGUUCGUCUGUCCCGGAGAAAUCCGUAAGCAGGCCCUACACAUCCGUAGCCCCCACCAGCCCCGUGCCUUCACCCCCGACAUGUUUCACACGCGCGUGGUUGGACCCAGGUGGGGACCACGAAGAUUCUGGGGCCGGGCACAGCCACACUGGCUCCCGUUUGCUCCGAGUUUUUGCACCGCACACGCCUCACUUUGAUUUUGUGGUGACACAGCUGCCACACCAUCUGCUCUCGGGGAAGACACCAGCGGGACUGCAUUGCGAUCCUUACAUCCUGCAUUUCCCCCCGUCAGACCCCAUUCAUUUCAGUAGGGAAUGCCAUCCCCAUGGUUCGUGGGGGUGCAGGACUCACCACUUACACGCCUGAUGUAAAAUGUAAACAGAACGUGGGGAGAUGGCCCACGUCUUGGAUUUUAACCUUGCCCUUCCUCCCUGGCAAACCCUGGGGAGUUCUGCACUCAGUAGGCAGGCUGCUGUGUGGCUUAGCUUGUCUUAACCUGAUACGCCCUUUCAUGGAUGGUCUUCAUGCCGACGUUCUGGAAGCACAUACGUUUAUCCCUGAGAGGCCUUGAAAUCCUGGCGAGGAGGGAAGAAGGUCCUCAGAUCAUGGCUGACUCAGCCGGUGUCCGGUUGGGGUGGCCCUGGAGGGCGCGGCCGACCUGCGGGUCACCUGAGUCCCUUCAACCCCGUGGGGUGGUUUUGCGGGACAUGCCCCGUCUCUCAGUCUGGCUCCGUCGUGUCCCCUGCAGCCUGGCCCUCGAGCUCUGCAGCGGUCACGAGAGGCCCGUGUGCUCUGAGGAGGAGUCGCGUAGACAUUCACGUAGCAGAGGUUGACUCAGGAUCUGAGCCUAGUCAGGCCCUGGGAGGGCAUGACCACUGGCCCUAUUGGGUCCCCCUCACCCGCGGGAGUGGCCGUGGCCUGGGGAACCGACCUCCACAAAGAGGAGCAAAUUCUCUUUAUGGCAUAUUAUUCCCUAAAAACCAGUGUAGGAGCCAGGCCGAUUCCUACCCUGGAAUUCAGGGCCCGUGGGGAACGCGAGCCUCAUAUCCCCAAGUUACUCCAAGAUGAGUCUAUCUUUUUCAUCUAUCUUGCUUGCAAAGUUCAAAGUUAUUUAAGAAAUUAGGAGAGGACAUUUUCCCUUGAUAGUCUUUAAAAAUUAGGAGAUUGGAAAGAACCAGGGUGGGCUUUUUGUAUACUUCUCAGAUUCUCAUUUAUUAAUAAAUCUCCCUGUAUAUAAGUAUAUAUAUAUACAUAUAUAUGUAUACAUAUAUAUAUAUCACAGUGAACUCAUCAAGGGAAAACAUUUUGCAUGUAUAAAGCUUCAUGAAGGUCUCUUUAAAAAAAAUACCAAAGCUUGUUUAUUCUUUAUAAUUAACCCAAGCCCUUAGGAACAUACACAAAACGAAGAGGUUAUGACUGGUAUUGCCAAAAAUGCCAAAUGGAAUGAAGGGCCUGCACCACAUAUAGUUGCUAAUGCGUCACUAGUAGGAGAGCAUGCCGUUUUGGUUGGUACAGUCCCACAGGCUCCCUUCUUCCUUCGGAUCGUAUAAUCUCGUCUUCCACGCUCCUGGGAGCCUGGGGUCAGGGGUAAGUACCAGCCACACGCCUGACCUUUCCUUCGUCCUUUGCUCAUUUUACCAUGGGUGUAUUUUUACUCUUGUAUAAAAAUAUGCAUGAAUGGGUCAUGCACACGUAGACAGUAUGUAUUUGACAAUGGUGGUGAAAACAAAAGUUCGGUUCUCGUUUUUGACGCGUCAGUCCAUUUUGUGCCACUAACACUGUGAUGUAUAAAAGAGCUGUUUGAAUGCCUUUUAAUGUUGUGUUUUGUACUUUGGAAUCACAUGGAAAAGUUUGAUUUGUAAUUUCAAUACAUAUUUUAAAUGUA